UGUAAAUACGUAUUAAGGGGAGCAGCAGCGGUGUUAUGUUCGUUAAGACAUUCUUUACUGGAUUGUCAUAAAAGAAAAAAAAACGGCUUUACAUAAUAACGGGCAUGCGUUUUCACGUGAAAUGUCCCUUUAAAAGGAGGCUUGGUGUAAACUCACUGAGGCGCAUCAGUUGCGGUCCAACAGUGGAAUAAUAGUGGUCUGUGAUUUAUGCACUACGCUGUGUGAAAAUAGCUUUCAAAAUGGUGACUUCGUACCCUUUGCCAGAUGGAUUCUCCGAAUUCGAUGUGUUUUCUUUGGGUUCUGCUCUUCUCGUGGAGGGUCUGGUUGGGUUGUUUCUCAAUGGACUCACAGUUAUCUCGUUCCUAAAAAUAAGGGAGUUACGGACCCCAAGUAAUUUCCUCGUGUUCAGCUUGGCUAUGGCGGACUGUGGAAUAUGUAUGAAUGCGACCAUCGCGGCGUUCUCCAGUUUUCUGAGAUACUGGCCUUAUGGAUCAGACGGAUGCCAGACCCAUGGGUUCCAGGGCUUCAUGACGGCUCUGGCCAGCCUUAACUUCAUUGCUGCCAUUGCCUGGGACAGAUACCACCAAUACUGCACCAGAACAAGACUGCAGUGGAGCAGCUCGGUGUCUCUGGUCAUCUUUAUCUGGCUGUUCACUGCGUUCUGGUCCGCCAUGCCCCUUAUUGGCUGGGGAGAGUAUGACUACGAGCCCCUGCGGACCUGCUGCACCCUGGACUACACAAAGGGCGACAGGAACUAUGUGUCCUAUUUGGUGCCCAUGGCUUUCUGCAACCUGGUUAUCCAAGCUCUCACUGUCCUGUCUUCAUAUCGGUCCAUUGAGAAGAAAUUCAAGAAAACUGGUCAACCUAAGUUUAACACAGGCACUCCGCUGAAAAGCCUUCUGCUGUGCUGGGGCCCGUACGCAGUGCUGUGUCUGUAUGCAGCUGUGGAGGACGCCACACUUGUGUCUCCUAAAGUUAGGAUGAUUGCUCCUAUUCUGGCAAAGACCUCUCCACUAAUCAACCCCUUCCUGUACGCGCUCGGAAACGAGAACUACAGGGGAGGCAUCUGGCAGUUUCUCACGGGGCAAAAGAUUGAAGUGCCUCAAAUUGACAAGUCCAAAUAAACAGAGCAUUCAUUAAGUGCUCCUCAUGUCCUUCUGGUGUUUUCUGAAGGUAUGGCCCAUGUUCAGCUUUCUGUUCCAUGUUCCACGACUAACAUAUUUAUCUCUGAUACAUAUGCAGGUGUGAGUAACCGUCACUAAGCUUACUAUACGUGACCAAUAAAGUGAUAUUUCAUCUUCCA